AUGGAGCCAUCCAACUCCAAGCCGAUGCCUUCUGGCGGUGGUAACGUUGCCGCCGCGUUUCGCGCCAUUCCAGCUGGAAAGGGCAGCCACUACAGAGAUUACGACUUUGUCCCGACCAGAUCCGGACCUCUCGACUACAAUGAAUCUGACCCUGACACACCCCAUUCUCACACANAAAGAAAGAGGGAUGCCGCUGUCGAUCAAGGCCGUCAACACUCUUCCAAGAAACCACGCAAAUCUAAGGACGAUCGCAGUGACCGACUUUGCCUGCAGUGUGGUAACUACCACAGUUCCCCUUGCUAUGUCCCCUAUUGUAGCAGCUGUGACUUGAACCACUAUCCGAACGUUCCAUGUUUGAACGCUAUGGAGCAGUUGAAGAGACGCCUCGAGUUGCAUUCUACCUUUAAGACACCCCUUUCGUCGAAGCAGAAGAACAAGAAGAACAUGGUGGCACCAGCAUCGUUGCCCUUGCGCUUUCAUAACGAAAACCACGUGUCAUCAGACUUGUCUGAUCCGCAAGCUCCCACAUCCUUGCUCAAAUCAGCUUCUCAGUCUCCUAUCAACAAGCGGCAGAGAGAAAGUCCCAACAAGCGCUCGUGUCCUAUCUGUCGGGAGUGCGGCAGUUUCCACAGAUCAGCCUGCAAAUGGCCUGUGUGCGAGCAAUGUCACCACAAGCAUCAUCCAGAGACUCCUUGCGCUGUCGCUGAGGCUCGCCUGAAGAGACGUUUAGAAGAGGAGGACGCAAGACAGGCCCAAGAGACGGAAGAAAUCAAGAAGGAUGAGAAGAGUUUGAUUGAAAUAAACCGCGAGAUGUCAUCUGCGACUCUCCAGUUCAGGCGCUCUUCCGCUCCAAGCCCAGGUCGUCCAUUCAAUCCUGAAGUUGCACUCCGAAAGCUCAAANAGAACACCAGAUUCUGCAGAGAUUGUGGUCGCUAUCUCAAUGGACCAUGCACUUGGCCUACCUGCAAAAAAUGCAACACAAAGCACUUCGAACACAUCCCUUGUUGGCAAGCACGCCAAAAUCUACAAGACCGCCUUGACGCGUUCGAUCGUGGUUACGGCACUUCUCAGAAGAAGAAACCUGCCAAAGCCAAGGCCUUGCCUCUCAUUACAGAGCCUUCAUCGCAACAGAUCGAGCAUGCUACCGAGCCUAAUUCAGCCGAUCCUGCUGCACCUAUGGAUCUUGCAACCUCUUCUGGCACAACUUCCGGUUUGGAAGGAAAGGAGGAAAUGUCCUGGUCCCUUGAUUCGAACAAGAUCGUCCAUUCAGGUCCUCCUCCUACCCACACCGACCUCUCCGAGUCUGAGGCAUCAAAGUCGCCUGAGCAUCACAGUCAUGUUCAUCCUAGUCGUCAGUCAUUCUUUUUGAAGUCCCUUGAGACUACGGUUUCUGAGCCUGAACCUCCCGCCAACGUAGCCUCGACUGGAAUCACGGUCCCGUCCGAUAGCACUCGUAAUGAGGCACCUCAUCUCGUCACCUACGGUGCAUCUGUCGAACAGAACGUGGAUGCUUNNUUUCUUGCAGGCGUUCUCCAGGACAUGCAUGAGAACGACAAUGGUGGUGAUGAUCCUGGACAUGUUGAUGUCCCUCAGAGUGCACCUUCGUACUUGGACUACCUUCGUCGCAAUGGAACAUAG